ACCGCUCGCUGUGGUCAUACACGGCUUUCAUGGAAAACUCACCAGUCGGUAAAGAUGGCCCCGCUCUCCGUGUUCCGAGUGGCCCUGCUGGUUUCUUCUUCGGUGUUCCUCACGCUCUUGUUGGGUUUCGGACUGCCGUCUCUGCUGAGCGCGUCCACGAGGCUGCUGGGCGUCCCGGAGACGAGCGUCACCGAGUGCAUCGUUGUGCUGUAUUUACUUUUUGUGUUGUAUGUGGCGACGCCUCGGAUUCCCAGAGGAUCGGUGGAGGUGGAGGGGAAAGCUGUGCUGGUUACAGGUUGCGACAGUGGGUUUGGUCAUGCACUGGCCAAACAUUUACACACGCUGGGCUUCACGGUCUUUGCUGGAUGUCUUUCUAAGGAUGAAGGUGGCGAGGGUGCAAAGGAACUGGAAGAGUUUCAUUCGGAUCGCAUGAAGGUCGUCCAGCUGGAUGUCUGCAGUGAUGAGCAGGUGGCCCGGGCUGCGGAAUACGUCAAGGACAGCCUGGAGGACACGGACACAGGUCUCUGGGCUGUGGUGAACAACGCUGGUGUGUCCACGUUUGGAGAAGUAGAGUUCACGUCCAUGGACACCUACAAGCAGGUGUCAGAGGUCAACCUGUGGGGCACCAUCAGGGUCACCAAAGCUCUUCUGCCAUUUAUCCGCAGGUCCAAAGGACGUGUCGUGAACCUGGCGAGCAUCUCUGGGAGGAUGGGAACCGCCCUGCAGUCGCCGUACUGCGUGUCUAAAUACGGCGUGGAAGCUUUUUCCGAUUGCCUCCGCUACGAGAUGAAGGCCUGGGGAGUCAAAGUGUCCAUAAUCGAACCGGGGAACUUCAUCGCGGCCACCAGCAUCAUGACCCGAGACCUCGUGGCCGGCACAGCCAAUAAGCUGUGGAGUGAGGCUCCCUCGCACGUCAAGGAGGAUUAUGGGAAAGCCCACUUCGAGCACCACAUGGCUCUGAUGCGCUCUCACUGCAACAGCGGACAGAAGGACGCCGCCCCCGUGCUCGACGACAUCACCGAUGCCGUCGUGUCCAAGCGUCCUUAUACGCGGUACCACCCCAUGGAGCCACACUGCUGGAUCAGAGUCCAGCUGAUGACCCAUCUUCCUGGCGCCAUAUCCGACUUCCUCUACAUCUGAAAGAGGAGCUCGCCCCGGGUCACAUAGCAGCAUAUUACUCCCUCUUCAGACUUACUCUGGAAACUUUUUCAGCACUUUGAAUCAUUCACUGAUCAAGCCUUUAAAACUAUUGCACUUUGCUCAUUGUAUGUCUUACAAUAAUCAUAACUUUAUCUCUACAGAUAUAUAUUGCAUGAUAAGUAGGAACUACUUUGUGUUGAAUAUCAGUGACGCGCAGCUACACGUACGGCAUCGUUGUUGCACACUGUGACAUGUUUGUCCCCUUAAAUCUUUUUUUGUAAUGCUUAGCGUAUGCCAGUCUCCAGGGGCCACACUGGCACAAGGACCAAAGCCGGUGGCCCCCCCCCCCCCCCCCCGCUCUGUUGUGGCCAAACAGAGGUCAAACCAAGGUCAGCUACUGUCAGGCCAUGGUGAGAUUUGGCUCCGCUCACCCAAGUUACGCAACAGCAGCACACAAGCACACUUUGUCUCACAUCCCCGACUGAGAGCUCCUGCGUGCCACUUGCAGUGAGGUUGAUUGAUGUGAUUAUUGAGUGUGCUGAAACGAACCCCCCCCCCCCUUAAUGAAAAUGUAUUUGAAUAUAGAAUGAUGUGAAUGAAAAGAGCAUUUAUUUAUUUUUACAUAUUAAAAUCGCAGUAGAAUUCUCUUCCGUGACCGAUUUGAAAUAAAGUGACCAAAAUGUG